CACCGAAAAUUCCCGGUGGAGGACCCAAAACCCGUACGCCUACCUCUCCAAAGACACAAGGUAGUCGUAGUCGUCCCUCCCGUCUCCCAUACCCUGUGUGCUGUGCUUUUUCCAUGCCAGAAAUCUCCCGGGAGGCCACACACCGUCGAUUCUCCGAUCCCCCAAGUCCUUCCCUCAAGGGUUUAUAAUUUGCUUCCAAUUUUCAGCACUCGGCUUCAUGUGUACGUAAACCCCAUUUCUACAUUGUUCUAGGUCAUACCCAAUCCGAUAUCGAGCGUUAAGUGCUACUUGUAGCUACUGCUGGAGUGUGUGUUUUCUAGGUUAUAUAUCAAAAGAUGAUAGGGAAUUCGUUGGUCCAAGUUUCCACAUGCCCCACGAUGUUGUCUUUGUCACGCAUUUCUGCAAAUAGUUUGCCUUAUCUUCCUUCAAGAUCACCAACAAAAGCAACCCGGAUAAGAGCUGCAUCGGCAGAGACAGGACAUAGCCAACAACCCUCCUCUUCUUCUGAGAAAAAGAAUCCACUUGCAGUUGUUUUGGAUGUCCCUCGGACUAUUUGGAGGCAAACAUUACGACCGUUGAGUGACUUUGGGUUUGGUCGUAAAAGUAUAUGGGAAGGUGGGGUAGGAUUGUUUCUAGUUUCGGGUGCAGUUCUCCUUGCACUCAGUUUGGCUUGGUUACGGGGGUAUCAAUUGAGGUCUAAAUUCAGGAAGUACUUUGCUGUGUUUGAGUUCACUGAAGCUUGUGGAAUAUCCACUGGAACGCCAGUGAGGAUUAGAGGGGUCACUGUAGGCAAUGUUAUCCGUGUUAACUCUUCCUUGGAAAGUAUUGAAGCUGUUGUCGAGGUUGAAGAUGAUAAAACUGUCAUACCUCGAAAUGCACUGAUUGAGGUAAACCAGUCGGGUCUUCUCAUGGAAACUAGAAUUGACAUUACACCUAGAGACCCGCUUCCGAAUAUUUCAGUUGGGCCUCUUCAUCCUGAAUGUGGCAAAGAAGGUCUGAUUGUAUGCGAUAGGCAAAAGAUGAGAGGACAUCAAGGUGUGAGUUUAGAUGCAUUGGUAGGUAUAUUUACUCGUCUUGGACGUGAAGUGGAGGAGAUUGGUAUAGCUAACACUUAUUCACUCGCUGAACGAGUUGCUUCCAUGAUAGAAGAGGCAAAGCCACUGCUAUUAAAGAUCCAAGCCAUGGCUGAAGAUGCUCAACCUUUGCUGGCUGAGUUUCGUGAUAGUGGGUUGCUGAAGGAAGUUGAUAGUUUGACCAGAAGCGUUACGCAAGCCUCGGAGGAUUUGAGAAGGGUGCAUUCAGCUGUUAUGACUCCUGAGAAUACAGAACUGAUUCAGAAGUCCGUAUACAGUUUGAUUUUCACUUUGAAGAAUAUUGAGAAUAUAAGCUCUGAUAUUCUGGGAUUCACGGGUGACGAGGCUACAAGAAAAAAUUUGAAGUUACUGAUCAAGUCCCUCAGCAGGCUAUUGUGAUGAGUGAUGGCUGAAGGUGGACUUAGGAUUGUCCUGUGUAUCUUGGUUGAGCAGAUGCCCGCACUUGGUUUUUAGCAUUCGUUAUAGUUUGGACAGGAGCAAAUUGCGCGUGCCUCCUCUUGACCGUUUCUUUUCUUUGUUUCAUUUUUUGAAUGCGCAUAAAGGUUUCAACUCCAGAGCUACAUUUGCGUUCUCCAAUCGGUCAGUUCAGGUGUGUUUAUUGUUUUCUCAUAACGUAGUUAAAUAUAAAGUCGCUUAUGCGUUUGUGCAGACGGCCUGGUGCUUUCAGAAACCUUCUGUUCCAAGUUGAGAACGUUUGUUCCAACCUUCUGUUCUAAGUUGAGAACGUUUGUUCCAAGUAUUUAUUUUGGAUAAUGACGCGUUUUACAGCUAAUUGUGCUUCAUUAA